AAGAUUCUCACUAUCAUUCAUUACAUGCCGUCAAAACAUGAAUCCUUUUCCUUUUCCUUUUCCUUUACCCUCUCUAUCUCUCAACAACUACCCCACCACCGUCCACCACUUUUUCCUGCAAAUUCCAUAUUUCUCCCAGAAUCCCUCUUUGUAUUUCAGUUUCAUCCUUCUCUCUCUCUCCUCUCCAAUUUAGGAUUUUCAAAUUCCAACGCGAUCGCUCAGAAUCAGAAACCCUAAUUUUUAAUUAAAGAAAAGGAAAUCAAUCAGAAUCCUCACCGCGAUCGUUGUAUCUCGGCCGUUGAUCUUCCAUUCUGAUACGCAGAUGAAGAACACGAGGAAGAAGAAGAGAAGGCCUCGAGUCUCUAAUCCCGUCGCCGGCGACAAUGGUGGCGUUGUUCCGACUGCCGAAGAGGACGAACAGAGUAAGAUCUUCAAAGCCUUAGCGGAUGCUUUCUCUUUGGCUUCUCUAGACGACGCCGAUUCGGCCCUCCGCCAAGCCAACGGCGAUCCUGACAAAGCUGCCGAGAUAUUAUCCAUGAGCUCGGGUUACAGUGCGGAUGACCCGUCCACGACGUCGGGUUCGGGUUCAAGUUCGGGCGCGAGUUCGGGUGCGAGCUCGUCGGGCUCGUCAGAGGGGUUUGUGGAGACCGGGUGCAUUCAGAAUGUGAUGAACGGGAAUGGUGGGUUUAGGGGGACGAAGCAGAAGAGAGUUGUUGCGUCGACGGGUUCGAUCUCGACGUUGUUGGGGAAAGAUUACGUGAAGUCCAGCCUACGGAGGGACUCGAAGAACAACUCCAAAGGGUUUAGUAACGGUAAAGGCGUUGUCGACAAAGAAGAGGCUGAGCAGUUUUUGUGUUCGAUGCUUGGAGAUGAAUGCGAGCUCAGCUUGGCUGUUGUUAGAGAUGUGCUCUGUCAAUGUGGAUAUGAUGUUGAAAAGGCCCUAGAUGCGUUGAUUGAAUUAUCAUCUUCCACCUUUGAGCAGUCUAGGAAUGAUAGUUACCUCAACAAUAGUGUUAACUAUAAAGAAGAUAUCAGAUUUCUUAUUGAACGCAAAGACAGUAUUACUGACAGGGCUUCCGAUUGCACAUCUUAUUCUUCUGAAAGUGAAGUCCAGGAUAGUAUAUGGUCUGUGGGGUAUGGUUGCAGGAAUUAUGCAAAGGUUCUUGCUAAUCCUGAAGCUAAGUCUCCAACUGGCCCAACAAUUACUGAGUCAGAGCUCCCUCAGAAGGUUUUGGAAUCUUUGUUUAAUGUCUCCAAGAGUCCUGAAUAUGAGCCAAGCACAAUGAAUUGGAGGAAUGUAGUAAAGAAACUGCAGUCAUUGGGGCCUGGGCUUGAUGUUUAUCCUUCUGGUGUUGCAGAACCGCAGCAGAAUACUUGCGCCAAAGGAGAGGAAUAUCACGUGUUCAGAACAUCUGCUAAGCAACAUUGGGAUUCAAUGAGGUCUUGCUAUCAGAAAGCUGCAGUGGCAUUUUCAAAGGGAGAGCGGCAGUAUGCAGCCUAUCUUUCUGACCAGGGCAAGGUUCAAACAAAAUUGGCUCGAGAGGCAGAUGAAAGGGCAAGCCAUGAUAUAUUUAAAGCUAGAAACAGGGGCAUUGAAAAUGUGAUAACAAUUGAUUUACAUGGGCAACAUGUCAAACAAGCAAUGCAGCUAGUAAAAGUUCACCUUCUACUUGGAACAUAUGUGCCCUCGGUUCAAAUUCUCAGGGUUAUCACAGGAUGUGGGUCACAUGGAUUAGGGAAGUCAAAGGUUAAACAAUCGGUUAUCAAACUUCUGCAACGGGAAGGUAUAGAAUGGAGCGAGGAGAACCAGGGAGUGUUGCUAAUCAAGCUCAAUGGAUGUAGAGAGUUUAGCUUUCUAAAUUCUGAAAGUGAUACCGAGUAGAUUUACCCAACUUAGUUCUUUACUACUCACCAUAGUUUUUUUUUUGUUUUGUUGUCAAAAGCUUGUUGUCUGACUAGAGACCAUGUAUGAAGUGUUCAUGCAUAGGCUCCAGUUGUUUAUAUUGAUGUAGAAGCUUUUUCUUUUAUAGGUAGGUGGAAAGAGAAGUUAGACCACCUAAUUGUAAAUUUAUUUAUGGCUUAAGCUGCUGUCUGUGCGUUGAAUCUGUAUUAACCAGCAGAAUAGUGUAUCUGACUCGAUUGUCUAUAAUGACAUGCAUGACCAUGAUUACCUUAAA